UGAACUAUCUUUUCUAUCAAGUACGAUAUUACCUACUUACCGUCGCAAAGCAGUCGAGUCGCAAAAAGUCUCGCAACACAGGCUCCGAGAACCACAUGAGGAGACAUCGCACCACGGCUACCAAACAAAUCCAGUCGUCCGUCAUGGAUGUAUCAGGGAAGACAAAACUACGCGAAUCUUUAGAGCGCGCGAAAGGAGGCAAAGGGCCCAGUAUCGGCCAAUGGCUGGAGUUUCCGGGCUAUUCUCUUGCGAGGACAGUCGCGCCACUGGGUGAGGAUGUGAGUGAAUGGUUCUAACAUCCACCAGUCAUACUGAUUGAAGGGUACAAUCUAGUGGGUUCUGAUCGACACGGAGCACGGAAACAUCGAUGACAGCCAGAUGUAUCUCCAAGUCGGUGCGAUCUCAUCCUCGGGGGCGUCUCCCAUUGUGCGGAUACCAGCUUCAGAACAUUGGAUGAUGAAGAGAGCUUUGGACUGUGGAGCGCAUGCCAUCAUGGAGCAAGCUGAAGCCAUCGUUCGCGCAUGCAAGUAUCCCUCCUCGCGCUGGCCACAAGGUCUUCGGGGCGCGGGAGCUAUGUUUGCCCCCGCAGCUUUUAACCAAACCGGCCGAGAGUAUCUUCUUACCGCCAACGACAACGUUAUGGUUUGCGUACAGAUAGAGAACCGAAAGGCCGUAGAGAACGUUGAAGAAAUCGCGGCUGUUGACGGCAUCGACAUGUUAUUCGUCGGACCCAACGAUCUUGCUUCAUCCAUGGGUUAUGUGGCAUUUGACCAUGCCUCAAUAUCAGAAGUCCAGGAGGCGUCAGCACGCGUGCUCAAAGCAGGGCUUGAUGCUGGGAAAUAUGUCGGUCAUUUUGCACUUAGUGCUGAUGCUGCGGCAUUGAAGUACGAGCGAGGGUUUCACUUUGUAAACUGCGGAGCCGAUAUCGUUGCCAUCACAGCUUGGAUGUCAGGGGAAAUGGCCAAGUUGAAGGACUUGGUAGCGGCUAUGGGGAAGCAAAGAAGCGAGAUGCAACAAAAGAUGGAUAGAAAGCAGGGAAACGACGAUUCAGAGAACAAGUUACCCUCAACCCAGAGCAAUAUUGGCUACAGUUGA